AUGGAGCCAUGGGAGAUUUUCGGGAAUACUUACUUCUUCACGGAGCUGAAGAAGAAGACGGUGAAAGGGAAAUGGUUUGCUCGAAUGGAUGGGAAGCGGAAAGGUUCAUGGAAAGGUCAAGAUAAAGGCAAGCCCAUUCAAAAUGGUGAAGGAAUAGUUAUCGGAUACAAGAGAAGUUUAAGAUACGAUGAAGAAGAUGGUGAAAGGGAAUGGUUUGCUCGCAUGGAUGGGAACUGGAGAGGUUCAUGGAAAGGUCAAGAAAAAGACUUGGUGGUUGAGAAUGUAGAAUUUAGAACCAUAUCUCUCGGAACAUUGCCUUCGACAAUUACUUCCAGAGCAGAGCCAUUGAUAUAUCAUGAAGCCAGAGCAGUGCCAUUGAUAUAUCAUGAAGAUGCACAGCUUCAUCCAUGGAAUCUGCAUUCUGGCAUGGAGGAAUCAAUGCAUGGUUUCCCUGAAGAUUUGAUGAUUAAGAAUAUGGAAUCUACAGCCAUACCUAUUGGGGCAUUGCCAUUGACAUUCACUCUCCCGGAGUAG